AUGGUCAUGUUUAUAUGCUACGUCCUAUGUUUGAUCGAAGAUAAACAAACCAGACCUGUGGACGAAUCUGAUUCCAGUUCCGACAGCGAUAGUGAGUACAGCCAGACAAGCAGCGAUGAGGGCGAAAGUGAAGAAGCAGAUACAAAAGACACCUUCAAAGAUGCCCGCGAGCUGUUCCCGUGGCGAGGUAGCCAGAAAGAGCUGGCUAGGGAGCUAUGGGUUUUACUGGAGGGUAAUGAUGAGAAGGCGCAAGUUGCAUUGCUAUUGCGUCUACUCGCAGCGUUUAUCUUUGAAGGCACAGGUGACGACCCGUUCAGCAGUGGGUUGAUUCACUAUGUGGCUGUGCUUGGUAUAGACGCCGAGAUGAAUCGACUACGAACAGCGAGAAACUAUUCUUAUAUGCUUGCAGGCAUGGUAUACUGCACAAGGGUGAUCGCAGUUGAGGUACUUCUUCCAUCAGCAGAACGCCAGCAACAGAGCGAUGACGACCGAGCAGAGUUUAUUCAAAAGCGGAGAGAUUUUCUAGCAGACGGUUCGUACAGCCCUAUGAGCGAGAUGCUGAGUCUGCUAGCAUAUGGGAAAUAUGUUGCACUAAACAGCGGGAAUUCAGGGAGUGCAUUCUGGUCAGCAGACAAAAAGAUUUUCUAUUUUCGAGGAAAGCCUGUUGUACUUCGCAAAUUUCAACAAAUGGUGCGCGAUAUCAUCACGGAAUCAGAAGAUAUACUAUGGCAGGAACUGCUCUGGAUGGCAGGACGAGAAGAGCGUUUCACCAUGAAGCUGGAUCAGAUCGUCGACGAUGUCACGUUUGCCAAGCGAGGGUUGUCCUUUAUACACAGAGAGGAGAAUGGACUACAGGGUGGACUUGAGUGGAUGCUUAAUCGGGUUAUGCAGACGACUCAAGGCCAAAGACUUCGAUCUAAAGACGGAAAGUGGAACAUCAAGCGGGUGAAACAAUACGUAUAUCGCAUCGAACGCUGGCUCGAGCUGCUUCUGUGUGGCGUCCAUAUGGUUUCUGGACAGCCAGGAAGAGGGACAGAGGUCACAACCAUGCGACAUGUGAAUGGGAUAUUGCAAGAUCGAAACAUCUUCGUGGUGGACGGACAAGUCAUGACGGUGGUUCGAUAUCACAAGUCUCAAUCCCAGUGGGAUAGGCUAAAGGUGGUGCCUCGCUUCUUACCUUGGAGGCUUGGGCAAUUAAUGGCGGUCUAUCUAGCGUAUCUGCAACCAUUCCAUGAAUAUCUUAUUGUCCAGUGCCUCGGGGGAGGGUUUCACGAUUAUGUGUGGGCUGACGGGCGUGGUCCUUGGGAUACAAUGCGGUUGACACGCAUACUCGCGCGUGAGACCGAAAAGCGACUGGGAGUGCGGCUUACUACGCUUGACUACCGGCAUGUAGCCGUGGGCAUUGGUAGAGUUGUGGUCAGCGAGGCGUUUGGCCAUGGCUAUGACGAUGAGGUCGGAGAAGUCGAGGAAGCAGAAGUGGAUGAGACGGGCGAAAGCGCGCUGGAGUUGCAGAAUGCACGAACAACACAGACAGGACUUACCACCUACAGUGUGCCAGUAGACAUCAUCAAACACCUUAGCAUACGCUCUAUUGAUACGUUUCGACCGCUGAGUGAGCUAUGGCACAAGUUCUUCGGCCUUGCCAGUCGGCAGAAAGGCGGUGAUACAGACCUGUUGGAUGAUAUCCCUUGGGUAGGGCAUGAAGUCCGUGCGAAGCGAGAAAGAGAAGGACAAAAUACCGAGCUGUCAGGGCUCGAACUAGGCAGGCUGCGAAGGUUGGAGGAGCUGACUAUCGAUAGUCACGGUGUCUACACAGCAGUUUGCCACAUAGUAGGUAGCCCGGACGCGUCUUUCAAGUCGGUUGAACAGGAGCAAGGUAUACAUGCAGUCAUAAAAGGUCAGUCUCCACUGGUUGUGAUACUACCAACUGGAGGUGGUAAAAGCCUGCUGUUCACAGUGCCAGCUUACCUUGACGGAACUGGUGUAACUGUGGUGGUGGUACCUUUCCGGGCGCUGGCUGACAAUCUGGUGGAACAGAUCAUUAACAGCGGUGUCGAAUGCAUAGAAUAG